ACUCAGGCUCUCCACAAAGGUAUCUCUCACACAAUCAAUACUUAAGUUUCAGUAAAAAAAAACUUCCUGAAUUCUUUGUGAAACAUCAGGUGUGAAGUGAGGUGAAGCGAAUUCCCGUUGCUGUUUCCUCUCAAACACCUUCUGCCUUUGUAUAUGCACAAGAAUACACUGUUCGGGCUGAGAUGAAUUCGAUGCCGAAUGUUUAUCCUCAAACGGAUUUCAGAGAGAAUCCACCGCCAUACUCCGCUGUGCAGCCUGGCGAUCUACCAUCUUACACCAGCAUUCAGAACCCACCGCCCCCUUACACAAGUUCACCACCACGUUCCCAUUAUCCAACUGCACCCCCGACGUCUGGGAACCCACCUGGGGAAUAUCAGCCCUAUUACAUACCUGUGUCUGUCCCAGUUACGUCUUCGACAGCAGUGACCCAUGCUGCAGUCAGACCCUGCAAGCAUUUCUCCUGCUCACGAAAGAGGAGGUGUAUGGGAUGGGGCAGCUCUACGAGCCUGGUCUUCGGUCUGGUAGCCGUUGGCAUUUGGCUUAUAUACACUUAUGUUGACUUCAGCCCAAGUUCCGAGCCACAAUGUCCAUCCGAAUUCGUUCAUUGUGAUGGGAAAUCCGAAUGCUCGGAUAGAAGCGAUGAAUUUGGAUGUGUGCGAUUCAAAAAGACUACCAACGAGCUAGAGGUGUUCUCGUGGAAAACGAACAGCUGGCUGCCCGUGUGUUACAGCGGCUGGAGCAACGAUCUGGCAAGCACAACCUGCCAGCAAUUAGGGUUCACUGGAUAUUUCCAAUCGAGCAAAAUUAGCAGCAACCAAAUCUCAACCCUGACGGUCAACUCCACAGCAAAGCCAGGAAGUAAUAUCCAAACCAUACUAAGCAGUGGGGACCAAUGUGCCAGCAGAGAGGUUGUUGGACUCAAGUGCAUCGACUGCGGGAAAAGAGUCAAUCCAUCAGAAAGAAUAGUGGGAGGGACGGCGGCUGAGCUGCAGAAGUGGCCUUGGCAAGUGAGUCUGCACUUUGGCUCCAGCCAUGUGUGCGGAGGAACCAUCAUUGCUCAUGACUGGAUCCUCACUGCUGCCCAUUGCUUCCUUGGCGACACGGCAUUGGAACCUUCAAACUGGAAGGUGUACGCUGGCAUUAUCUCUCAGAGAUUUAAAUACAAUGGUCAGUUAAGAGAUAUCAGCCAGAUCAUCACUCACAAACAGUACAGCAGAUCCACCAACGACAAUGACAUGGCUUUGUUAAAGCUGAGUAGACCUCUGACUUUCACAGAUAGAGUACAGCCUGCCUGUCUGCCAGCCUAUAACCAGCAGUUCCCAGAAAACAGCAGGUGUUGGACAACCGGAUUCGGACACCUGCAAGAUGGUGCCUCUUCCAUUUCAGAAUCGCUCCAGCAAGUCUCCAUUGGGAUAAUCAGCAGCAUUUUAUGUAACAGUACAAGAAUGUAUAAUGGAGCCAUCACCAAGAGGAUGGUGUGCGCAGGCUCGGUAAAUGGAGGUGUGGAUUCCUGCCAGGGUGACAGUGGAGGGCCAUUGGUGUGUGAAGUGUCGGGGACCUGGUACUUGGCAGGUGUUACCAGCUGGGGCAUUGGCUGCGGCCAGAAAAAUAAACCAGGGGUUUAUGCUCGAGUGACAGAAUUCACCAACUGGAUCUACACCCAAAUGGAGGCGAACAGCUAGUAACCGACUCACCGGGAAAAGUUUGCUGCACUGAUUGAAGCACUGCUGUUGCUUUGUUCUCGGGUCAACUUUUUCCGUCAAUUACCAGAGAAAAUGCUCAAAUAAUAAUAAUAAUAAUAAUAAUAAUAAUAAUGAUCAUUGACAGCCAGCGGUGUGAUUUCACGCUGUUUCUCAAAGCCGGACAACGGGUUGGAAGAGCAAAACACCUCAGGUCACCUCAUGGUAGCAAUUUCUCGUCCCCUACUCCCUCCAUUUUUUUUGUAAGACACGAGUUUGGUAAUUAACUGCAUAAUUGCAGUCACAAACCAGCAACUUGACAAUUCAGACAAUAACUCAGCCUGAUCUUUUAUCUAUUUAAUCCACGACUGUUUGUGGGACGCUGCUGUGUGCAACUGGAGUGCCACGAUUCACCCACAAAAUAUACAGUCAAUUUACUUUACAGUAGAAGUGCAUUGAGUUGUCUUGACAAUGUAUUGAAUGCAAGGAUUAUUAUUCCUUUUAUCUGUCCAAUAUAUGAAGUAUAUAUAUAUAUAUAUAUGUGUGUGUGUGUGUGUGUGUGUGUGAUUAUCAGUUGUUCUCUCCUUGUGGAGAACUGUAACAAUUGCACUCCUUAUAUUUGUGGUGAAACAAUUUCGUGAUUCUGUUCCGAGCGAUUGUUGGGUAAUGAAAGAUUUUGUAAUCAACAUUCAAUCUAAAAAUAAAUAUUAUUUGUUGGAA